AUGGCACGUGACUUUUAUGUUGAUCUGAAGACCACUUCCGGAAUCAAGGACCAGCACACGAGGAUGGGAGAUACUAAAUUCCGGGUAUCACAGGGCAACACUUCCUUGCGUAAGAUUUUCAUCCUAAGAUCUGAUUCCAAUGCCACCAGAUCGACACACCUACACCUGGAAAAACUUUUCCGGGUAUUGGGUUCAUUGCUGGUAUCGAUGUUACAGUACAGCAUGGACGUUGUGCUCUCGCUUUUGGCGCUCGGGUUGGCUAUAGGACUAAUGGUAUGGUGGGACUUAAUCAACUUCUUUGUGUUCUUGUUUGGUAUUUUCGGAUGGGCCAUCGAUAAGAAUGAAGGCACAGGAACACACCCUCAACAUGGCAGUGUAUGGCUUGCAGUUUCUCAAGCAUCAUACUGUCUCGGUCAGAGCGAAUGCCAGAACGCCAAACACUGCAUUGUUUGGACAGCUCAUUACAGCUCCUCUCACCAUGACUAUAACAGCGAUCUGCGGUCUUCUCAUCACAUCAGCAACGGCAGAAAUGUACGGCACUUACCUCUGGAAUCCCUUCGAGCUCUUGCUGCACUGCACAUUCAACAACAGAAAUCUCUGACUCCUGCGGCUAGAGUUGACACGAGCUCUUCCUGGCGUCUCGAACAUGCUGUUGAUUUGAUUAAUCGUCAAUCACAAUCGCUAUAA